AUGUGGGUGGCGGCGCUGGCGGCGCUGCUGGCGGCGGCGGGGGCGCAGUACGAGCGCUACAGCUUCCGCAGCUUCCCGCGGGACGAGCUGAUGCCGCUGGAGUCGGCCUAUCGCUACGGGCUGGACCAGUACAGCACCGAGAACUGGCCCGAGAGCGUCAGCUACCUGGAGGUCAGCAUGCGGCUGUACCGCCUGCUGCGGGACAGCGAGGCGUUCUGCCACCGCAACUGCAGCGCGGCCGGGCAGCCGCCCCCCGCGCCCAGCCUGCGGCGCUGCAAGCAAGGGCUGCCCGCCUUCCGACAGGCGCAGCCCGGCCGCGAACUGCUCGAGGAGUUCCAGCGCCGCGAGCCCUACAAGUACCUGCAGUUCGCCUACUUCAAGGCUAAUAAUAUUCCAAAAGCUAUUGCAGCAGCUCACACAUUUCUUCUGAAGCAUCCAGAUGAUGAAAUGAUGCAAAGAAAUAUGGCCUACUAUAAGAGCAUACCUGACGCUGAGGAGCAUAUUAAAGACUUGGAGAUAAAGCCUUAUGAGAAUCUCUUUGUCAGGGCAGUGAGAGCGUACAACGGUGACAAUUGGCGGACAUCCAUCUCGGACAUGGAACUGGCUCUUCCUGAUUUCUUCAAAGCCUAUGAAGACUGCAUAGCAGCCUGCGAAGGCUCCCGAGAGAUCACGGAUUUUAAAGACUUCUAUCUUUCCAUCGCAGACCAUUAUAUUGAAGUCCUUGCAUGCAAAGUGCAGUGUGAGAGCAAUCUGACACCCAUUAUAGGAGGCUUUGUCGUUGAAAAAUUUGUGGCCACCAUGUACCAUUACUUGCAGUUUGCAUAUUAUAAAUUGAAUGACAUGAAGAAUGCAGCUUCUUGUGCUGCCAGUUACCUUCUGUUUGAUGAGAAAGAUGAAGUAAUGAAACAGAACAUGGUCUAUUACCAGUACCACAAAGACAAAUGGGGACUUAAAGAGGAGGAUUUUCAGCCCAGAUCGGAGGCAGUUCGAUACCACAACAUUACCACACUCCAGCUGGAAAUGUAUGAAUUUGCGAAGGAACAUCUGAUGGAUGAUGAUGAGGGUGAAGUUGUGGAAUUCCUUGAUGACCUGUUAGAAGUGGAGGAAAAGAAAGAAUCCUGAUGCAUGAAACCAACACGAAGUAUUUUACAGAAGUGAAGACUCACCAUUGCUCCUUACUAUUAUUUUUGACCACCUGUAGUUCCAGUUAGAUAUACCUCAGAGGUGCUUCUUUAAGCUGCACCUUUUGUCCCAAGAUCCACUCCUGAAAGGUCACUUCCGUGCUGCACUGACUCUUCUGUGAGCAUGGCUUUUCACUGUGCAGAAAUGGUGCACAUGAGUUUCCCCCUUGAGCUUUCUCUCCCUUACACAAACACAACAGAACAGAGUAUUUCUGUUUUCUGGGAUGACACUAAGGUUCCUCAUUUCAGUGCUGUUCUGCUAAGUUGUAGCAGUAUAUGGCUAAAUUCUCAAGAACUUUCAUCAGAUUAUGAACUGUGGAAGACAUAACAGUUCCUCUUUCUGAGCUAUGAAUUGUAUUAUUUAUAUAUGUCUUUUUAUGUGAUGGUGAAUAAAGUGAUAAUGAAUCCCAGUGCACCUGAAAGAUAUUAAGGUACAUUUAAAUACCUGAAAUAAGGUGUUUAACAAAGUACAACUAAUGAUCUUGUAAACAUUGCUCAAAGAAUUCUGAAAUCAGUGUUGAUCUUUCUUGAAAGCUAAAUUAAAUUCCACAAUGUGAAACUGAGAAUAAAAAUAUUUUUUUCUUCUA